AUGGCUGUCCCCGGUAUUGCGCAAACGUCUCGUCGCCAUGACACAGGAUAUUUGCCAAUUGAAAACUAUGGUCUCAUUGGGAAUAUGCGAACUUGUGCGUUGGUAGGUAUUGAUGGAAGUAUUGAUUUUAUGUGCUGGCCAGACUUCGAUUCUCCUUCAAUAUUUGGGCGACUCUUGGAUAAAGAUAAAGGUGGCCAUUUUUCCAUCUCACCUGCGGAUGGAGUUACUUUCAAUACAAAGCAACAAUAUCUCCCAUCCUCCAACAUCCUACAGACUCGAUAUAUCCACGAAGAAGGAGUAGUUGAUUUGAUCGACUUCUUUCCACGUCCAAAUCAUAGUCAUGUUGCAAAGAAAAGUUCCAUGCCUUUCCGGGAGACUACAAAAGUUCAGGGCGAGUUAAAGAAAUGGCUGGUACGACGAGUCGAAUGUAUUCGAGGCAGCGUCGAUUUAGGUGAGAAAGAUCCUGAACACGGCGGUAGUCAUCAUAUCUCACAACUUUGUUUAGAUGUGGAGAUAUUUCCAGCCUUCAAUUAUGCCCGCGAUGAACAUGAUCUAGAAAUUCUCAUGCCGGAACAUCCUCCGGGAGCACUGGAAAGUAAAACGGUCACCUUCUCCAGUAAAGAUUUGAAGCUUCAACUCGAUGUGACUAUUGAUCAUGGUGAGGAGAAUAUAGAUUCAUGCCCUUCCCUAAUAUUCCGCCGAGUAAGGCAGAAGCAAGGUAAAGGUAACGGUGUUGUUGCAAAUAUACGAUUACAAGAAGGUCAAGCUAUCUCAUUCGUCUUGCGUGAUGAUAUUCCGGACCAUAUUACCAGGGACGUCACUACCGAAGUUUUAGAUACACAACAACACGAUACCCAGAGAUACUGGUCAAAUUGGAUUGGUCAAUGUAAAUAUACAGGUCGUUGGAGAGAGGUUGUGGCCAGAAGUUUAAUGAUUUUAAAAUUAUUGACUUAUGAGCCUACUGGUGCGAUCAUUGCAGCACCAACAUUCUCUAUUCCCGAAGACAUUGGAGGAGUUCGCAAUUGGGAUUAUCGAUACUCCUGGGUACGAGAUUCUAGUUUCACUAUUUAUAUUCUACUCAGGAUGGGAUUUGUCGAUGAGGCAGAUGCAUACAUGAAUUUUAUCAGUGAUCGAUUUAGAUUGUCAAGGGGUCCAGAUGGUGCUUUACCAAUCAUGUUUACAAUUAGGGGUGAGACUGAUAUCCCGGAACUUGAGCUUAGCCAUCUCUCUGGUUAUAGAGAUAGUGGACCUGUUCGUAUUGGCAAUGGUGCAGCUUUCCAUCAACAAUUUGAUAUCUAUGGUGAGCUUAUGGACGCUAUCUACCUUUGGAACAAGUAUGGAAAGCCUGUCACUUGGGAUCAAUGGGUAGCAGUUCGAGAGAUUUUAGAUUACGUUCUGAAAAUUUGGCAAGAUACCGAUAUGUCAAUUUGGGAAGUUCGAAGCAGGAAACAAAACUAUACAUAUUCCAAAGUCAUGCUUUGGGUAGCAUUUGACCGUGGAGUACGUCUUUCAGAGAAGCGUUGCUUGCCAUGUCCGAACAAAUCAGAAUGGUUGAGGGUUCGUGAUACAAUUUACGAAGAGAUCAUGCAGAAAGGUUACAAUACCGAAAAGCAAAUGUUUGUCCAAAGUUAUGAAUCACGCACUAUGCUCGAUGCUUCUAUUCUCAUCGCACCACUCGUCUUCUUCAUCUCUCCCAAUGAUCCUCGUUUCCUGAACACAAUCGAUAAAAUCCUUCUUUCUCCCGAGAAAGGAGGACUCACAGAGACAGGCCUCGUCUUCCGCUACAAUACCUCUACAUCUGAAGAUGGUGUAGGUGGUCGCGAAGGUGCAUUUUCUAUGUGUACUUUCUGGUUGGUUGAAGCACUUACCAGAGCGGGUGUUUAUGAUAGAAAGUAUCUGGUAAAGGCAGUUAACAUAUUCGAAAACAUGUUAAGUUUUGGUAAUCAUUUAAGUAUGUUUAGUGAGGAAAUUGCGAGGAGUGGUGAGCAACUGGGGAAUACGCCACAGGCAUUUAGUCAUUUGGCUUUGAUUAGUGCAGCAUUCAAUUUAGAUCGGGCGACGAAAGGCAAGAAUUAG